UAAUCUACUCGAUUUCCAUAAUAUCCCAGAUUUCCGAUAGGGUAAGAUCUAUUUUUCGAACAUCAUUAUUUACAAAAUUUCCAAAUUGUAAUUAAGCAAUUGCCUCGCCGUUUUCUUCUUCUCCAAACAAGCCCUAGAUCCCACCGCCUAGAUCCCACCAUUCCCCAUGGCCUCCACUCCAUCUCUGUCGCCUUCGCUGACUAUGCUACUCUCCCUUUCCUCUCGCCAUUUCCGGCGGCCAAGCCCUCUCCGUCGCCAGAUCGGGGGUUUGGUUCGUUGUCCCGGUGAAGAACGGGUGGUAAUCACCCGGGACUUCGGCGACCUUUGCUGGUUUUCUCGGCGAUCUUCCGGCAGUUGCAUAAUAAGAAGACCUUGUCCGAGGUUUUCGCCGAGUUUAUCAGGUCGCGGCGGUGAUUCCCGUACGAUUUUCUGGCCGAGCGACUUGUGGAUGAGCGCUGCUCAAAGUUGAAAAUUUAUCCAAUCUUGCAGAAGGUAUGCUCCUGCUUGUUUUGAAUCUGUAAAUUCUGCAUUCUGCUCUACCUCCUACACGCUCUAA